AUGGAAAACAUUUCCCUCCAACGGGUUCGAAACAUACCGCUGCACAGCCAGGCGCUGACAGCGGUCCCACUGGCAUCUGCGAGCCUGGUGGAUCAGCUGGAAGACAGAAUCCUAAGCCAUGAGAAAACAACGGCAGCUCUUGUGGAACACGCUUUCCGCAUUAAGGAGGACAUUGUUUCCACCCUGCACAGAAUGCAGAACAAAGGGGGGGGCGACCGGCUGGCUCGGCAGCUCUUGGAAGAACAUAUCCGAAACAUAACAGCUAUAGUGAGGCAGCUUAAUCGGGACAUUGAGAUGCUGCAGGAACAGAUACGUGUCAGAGACAAUCUCAGCUAUGGAACAAAUUCUACCCUGAAGAGCCUGGAAAUGCGGCAACUUUCUGGUUUAGGAGAUCUGAGAGGAAGAGUUGCAAGGUGUGAUGCUGGGUUAGCCAGGCUGUCUGCAGAGCAUAAAAUUACGUACGAAAGACUUCAGAGCCUAUGUAAAGACCAACACACCUCCAAGCUGAUCUUAGAAUCUAAAAUCAAAGAGGCAGAAAUACAGAUUUCUCAUCUUCUGAGCAGAGUAGAGCAAUCAAUAAUGCAACAAGAAGCAAAGCUGAAGGUUGCUUACAAAGAGAGCAACCAACAGCUCCACCUCCUGGAUAUGAAAUUGAAAAACGCGAUUGAGGAGCUCAGCAGCCAGAUUUUGUCUACACGUAGCUGGUUGGAGCAGGAACGUGAAAGGAUUGAAAAAGAGCUUGUGCAAAAAAUAGACCAACUCUCACUGACUUUUAAGGAAAACACCGAAAUGAAUGAAAGAGCUAUAGAGAUGAAAUUCAACCAAAUGGCUGAGAAAAUUGACAAAAUAGAAGAAAUACAGAAGAUAACUAUAGAAGCACACGAAGCAAAACAGACUGAAGAAAAGAUAAAUAUUCGCAUUGAUAAACUUCAAAAUGAGAUUAAUGAAGAUAUAAAAGAAAUGAAAGCUGAAGUUAAUGCUGGAUUUGCAGCUAUCUAUGAGAGCAUUGGGUCUCUGCGGCAAGUUCUAGAAGCAAAAAUGAAGCUGGACAAAGAUGAACUACAGAAGCAGAUCCACCAAAUGAAGCUGGAGGUUCCAACAUGGGGAGAGGCUGGACCAUGACUGUAAGAUUUUUGUCUGAGGGAUUAACGUUUACCUGACUAAAGAGGCAGAUUAUAAUCCUGUUCCAAAUUAAACGCAUGUACCAAAUGACAUGCUGCUGUUGCACAGGUCCAUCUGUAUGUUUACUCAAAGAAGUAAAUGCAAGCUCCUCAAAGAUCAAGCUUUUAUGGGCUGAGGUGCUGAUUUGCCACUGCACUACUCUAGUUGCUCUCAGGAGAUUAACCACAGUGUAAAACUGGAGUAAUAUAUUG